CGCCCUUUGGGCUGGAGUGGGUGGUGCCGACUUCGGACCCCAAGGUUCCCCUUUGGCAGAGCGCCCCGCAGUCCUUCGUGGAAAGCGGCUCAGGCGGGGUGAUGGCUGCGACGCGAGCAGCGCCCCGCGCCCGAGAGAUCUUCUCCACGCUGGAGUACGGACCCGUGCCCGAGAGCCACGCAUGCGCACUGGCCUGGCUGGACACCCAGGACCGGCACUUGGGUCACUAUGUAAAUGGGAAGUGGUUAAAGCCAGAUCACAGGAAUUCAGUGCCUUGCCAGGACCCCAUCACAGGAGAGAAGUUGGCCAGUUGCCUCCAGGCCCAGGCCGAGGAUGUUGCAGCAGCUGCAGAGGCAGCCAGGACUGCGUUGGAGAACUGGAGCAGACUCCCUGGAGCCCGUCGGGCCCAGCACCUGACCAGGCUGGCCAAGAUGAUCCAGAAGCACCAGCGGCUGCUGUGGACCCUGGAGUCUCUGGUUACUGGUCGGGCUGUUCGAGAGGUUCGAGACAGGGAUGUCCCACUGGCCCAGCAGCUGCUCCAGUACCAUGCAGUCCAGGCACACAGCCAGGAAGAGGUGCUGGCGGGCUGGGAGCCCAUGGGAGUAAUUGGUCUCAUCGUGCCACCCACAUUCUCCUUCCUUGAGAUGAUGUGGAGGAUUUGCCCUGCGCUGGCUGUGGGCUGCACUGUGGUGGUCCUCGUGCCCCCGGCCUCCCCAACGCCCCUCCUCCUGGCCCAGCUGGCAGGGGAGCUGGGCUCAUUCCCAGGAAUCCUCAACGUGAUCAGUGGCCCUACCUCCCUGGGGCCAGUCCUGGCCUCCCAGCCGGGAGUCCAGAAGGUGGCCUUCUGUGGAGUCGUCGAGGAAGGACGUGCCCUUCGGCGGACCCUGGCGGGCAAGGGUCUCGAGCUGAGCCUGGCCCUGGGGGCUGAGUCACUGCUGCUGGUGACGGAGGCAGCGGACGUGGACUCAGCCGUGGAGGGAGUUGUGGAUGCAGCCUGGUCCGACCGCAGCCCGGGGGGCCUCAGGCUUCUCAUCCAGGAGUCUGUGUGGGACGAGACCAUGAGACGGCUCCAGGCGCGGAUGGGGCGGCUGCGUGCUGGCCGAGGGCUGGACGGGGCCGUGGACAUGGGGGCCCGAGGGGCUGCCGCACGUGACCUGGCCCAGCGCUAUGUGCGCGAGGCCCAGAGCCAGGGCGCACAGGUGUUCCAGGCUGGCGAUGUACCCUCAGACAGCCCAUUCUAUCCCCCAACCUUGGUGUCUGACCUGCCCCCAGCCUCCCCAUGCACCCAGGCAGAGGUGCCGUGGCCUCUGGUGGUGGCCUCCCCAUUCCGCACAGCCAAGGAGGCACUGGCCAUGGCCAACGGGACGCCCCGAGGAGGCAGUGCCAGUGUGUGGAGCGAGAGGCUGGGGCCGGCCCUGGAGCUGGGCUACGGGCUCCGGAUGGGGACAGUCUGGAUCAAUGCCCACGGCCUCAGGGACCCUGCCGUGCCCAUGGGUGGCUGCAAAGAGAAUGGGUCUUCCUGGCACGGGGGCCCAGAUGGUCUGUAUGAGUACCUGCAGCCCUCAGGGACCCCCGCCAGGCUGCCCCACCUUUCCGAGAAUCUCAACUAUGACACUUUUGGCCUUGCUGUCCCCUCCGCCCUUCCGGCUGGGCCUGAAACAGGGCCCAGCCCAGCACCCCCCUAUGGGCUUUUCGUGGGGGGCCGUUUCCAGGCUCCGGGGGCCCGGAGCUCCAGGCCCAUCCAGGAUUUGCAGGGCAAUCUCCAUAGCUAUGUGGCUGAGGGUGGAGCCAAGGAUAUCCGAGGUGCCGUGGAGGCCGCUCACCAGGCUGCCCCCAGCUGGGUGGGCCAGUCGCCAGGGGCCCGGGCAGCCCUGCUGUGGGCCCUGGCAGCCGCUCUGGAGCGCAGGGAGUCUGCCCUGGCCUCGAGGCUGGAGAGGCACGGAGUGGAGCUCAAGGUCGCCAAGGCGGAGGUGGAGCUGAGCGUGAGGCGGCUUCGGGCAUGGGGGGCCCGCGCCCAGGCCCAAGGCCACACCCUGCAGGUCGCAGAGCUGAGAGGCCCCGUGCUCCGGCUGCGGGAGCCGCUGGGCGUGCUGGCUAUCGUGUGCCCGGACGAGUGGCCCCUGCUCGCCUUCGUGUCCCUGCUGGCCCCUGCGCUGGCCCACGGCAACACUGUGGUCUUGGUGCCCAGCGGGGCCUGUCCCAUCCCUGCCUUGGAGGUCUGCCAGGAUAUGGCCACCUUGUUGCCUGCGGGCCUGGUGAACGUGGUGACAGGCGACCGUGACCACCUGACCCGCUGCCUGGCCUUGCACCAGGACAUCCAGGCCCUGUGGUAUUUCGGAUCUGUCCAGGGCUCCCAGUUUGUGGAGUGGGCCUCAGCAGGAAACCUGAAGCCGGUGUGGGUGAACAGGGGCCUCCCACGGGCCUGGGAUCAGGACGCUGAGGGGGCAGGCCCAGAGCUGGGGCUGCGGGCAGCACGGACCAAGGCCCUGUGGCUGCCCAUGGGGGACUGACGCCUGAGCACCACCACUCCAUCUUGGACGGAGGAGAGAUGGACCCAAACCAACACCAGAUGCCUGAAACUUUCUUCUCAUGGUUCCGUGCUCUCUAAUACACCCUGACCAACCUUGGCUGUGCUUCUGAGGGGAGGGAGAGCAGUCAGCAACUUCUGGUCUAUUUGAGGCCAUUUUAGUUCUGA